GUUGGCGAGUUGAGUGGCGAGUCGAGUGGCGACUCGGUCAAUUCUAAAGCUACUGAACUAGACUACUAUAGUCAUAGUGAGUUUAUCAGUAUUUGAAGAACAUGGCUGAGCAGCAACAGAAUCUUGUGAAACAGAACAUGGCUGAGCAGCAACAGAAUCUUGCAAAACAGAACAUGGCUGAGCAGCAACAGAAUCUUGCAAAACAGAACAUGGCUGAGCAGCAACAGAAUCUUGCAAAACAGAACAUGGCUGAGCAGCAACAGAAUCUUGCGAAACAGAACAUGGCUGAGCAGCAACAGAAUCUUGCUAAACAGAACAUGGCUGAGCAGCAACAGAAUCUUGCAAAACAGAACAUGGCUGAGCAGCAACAGAAUCUUGCGAAACAGAACAUGGCUGAGCAGCAACAGAAUCUUGCAAAAAAGAACAUGGAUAAGCAGCAACAGAAUCUUGCAAAACAGAACAUGGCUGGGCAGCAACAGAAUCUUGCGAGCAAAGUCCCAGCCGAAAAAUUAACACAAUGUCCAGACUGUGUGAUUAAAAAAAAAAUUGAAAGGAAACUGAACAUGGCUAAGCAGCAACAGAAUCUUGCAAAACAGAACAUGGCUGAGCAGCAACAGAAUCUUGCGAGCGAAGUCCCAGCCGAAAAAUUAACACAAUGUCCAGACUGUGGGAAUAAAAAAAUUGAAAGAUUGACAGCGCAGGGCUUUGGCAAUUACUGGGUGCAUUGCGCUGGAUGUGGCUAUCUAAAAAACUUUCCGGGCAGAGCACUUAUUUCUGAAAGAGACCUCAUCAUUCAUGGAUUCCCAGUGGAGCUGUUACACCACGUCAAUAUUUUUAGAGGAGACAUCGACAAACUCAUGAAAAUAAGUAUUUCAGAAUAUUUGAAAAGAAAAUAUUUAUCAUAUAAUGAUUUUGAUAUUGAACAACUCAAAUGUUUAGUUGGCGAAUUGGCAACAAAUCAUGGGGUCAAGAUCUUUUUUGAUUAUGACGUUAAAAAGAUGGCCCAAACCGUACGUAAAGCUGGUAUUGUUGAGAAACUGGUUGCUUCUAUUGUUAAAGAUAUACCAGUGGAUUAUCAAGAAAAAAUAAAGUCAGCAUUUUCCAAGAUUCAGGGAUAUGAUUUUCCAAAUUAUUUUGUUGAUAAUUUGUUGUCCAAAAAACUGCCAUUGUUUCCUUUGCUAGAGGAGCAGGAAAAGGAGAGGAAAAGGCAAGAGGCAGAGCUGAUGGAGGAGAGGAAGAAUAGAAAAGCAGAAUUUGAUAUUGCAGAAUUGUUUAAAUGAACAGAAUUGACAAUGAGUAGUAAUAAUUAUUGAACCUCUUGGUACUCUUGGUACCUCUUGUUUAUGAACCUUUGUACUUAUUACUCAUUUAAUAAAUUGACCUUUUUUGUGCAGAA